AUGUGGUCGACAAUUGGUGCUACAACCGCCCGCCAGGCCCGCGUUGCCGGCAGCCUGCUUGUUCGUCGCGCUACCCUGUUUGCGCUGCAGGCUGGCGCUCGCAUUGCGACUACUUCCAUCGUCCCGAAAACCGUGAUCGUUCCGACCAGCGCCCGCAUCCCAGCAUUUGUCGUUCGGGGCUAUGCGACUAAGGCCUCAGCCAAGACCCGCAAGACGACCAAGCGCGGUCGCGCCACCAAGGCGAAGAAGACCACCGCAAAGAAGGCCGUUAAGAAGAAGAAGAAGCCUGUCAAGAGGGCUAAGAAGACCACCAAGCAGUUGACCGAGGAAGAGAAGCAGGCGCUCAAGAUCAAGCUCCUCAAAAAGAGAGCGCUUCUGAAGGAGCCCGAUCGCCUGCCGACGACCCAAUGGACUGUCUACUUCAGCCAGCGCGUUAAGGAGGAGACAGCGGGCAAGAAGAGGGAUGAGGAUCUGCCGAGCCUUAAGAGUAUUAUGCAGAAGAUUUCUGCCGAAUACAAAGCUCUGUCGGCCGCCGAGCUGGAGAAACUACAAGCAACCGCCGACCAGAAUAAGAUCACCAAUGACGCCGUCUUCCGCAAAUGGGUUGAGAGCCACACGGCGCAGGAGAUCCAUGAUGCCAACUAUGCUCGUGGUGUCCUGAGGCGAUUGGGCGUCAUCAGGAAGCCUACCAUUCCCGAUACCCGCUUCCCCAGGGCUCCGCUCCGCAGCUUCUCUUACUUCAUGAGGGACCGCUUCAAUGCCCCAGAGCUUGCCAACCUGCCGGCCCCGCAGAGGAUGCGCAAGAUUGCCGAGGCCUGGAAGAAGCUAAGCCCCGCAGAGCGCAAGCCGUAUGAUGAACACCAGGCGGUUGAUGUGCAGAGGUAUAAGAAGGAGCUUGAGACUCUGCGGAAGCAAUAG